UGGGAAUACUUACCCUCGAACCCCUCGUAGUUGGCCCUCCCCGCCGGCUAUUAUCCGGCCGUCGGAGUGUGAGGGCGAUGAGGAUCGUAGGAUUGACGGGCGGGAUCGCCUCCGGCAAGAGCACCGUCUCCAAUCUCUUCAAAUCCCACGGAGUUCCCGUCGUCGACGCCGACCUCGUCGCCCAUGAUGUAAUAAGAAAGGGCACUGGUGGUUGGAAAAAGGUUGUAGCUGCAUUUGGCAAUGAUAUUUUGCUAGAGAAUGGAGAAAUUGAUAGAGCAUGCCUAGGUCAAAUUGUUUUUUCUGAUUCAACGAAGCGUCAACUUCUCAAUCGUCUGCUGGCACCAUAUAUUUCUUCUGACAUCUUUUGGGAAGUAAUGAAGCUAUGGCUCAAGGGGUCCAAGGUUAUCGUUCUUGACAUCCCAUUGUUGUUUGAGGCUAAGAUGGACAAAUGGACUGCUCCUAUUAUUGUUGUAUGGGUUGAUCCUGAAACUCAGGUACAACGUCUAAUGGCAAGAGAUGGCAUACCCGAAGAACAAGCUAGAAACAAGAUUAAUGCUCAGACUGCACUAGACUGGAAGAAGACAAAAGCAGAUAUAGUCAUCAAUAACUCAGAUGGCAUACUGCACUGGAGGGCAUACUCUCAAGUUUAAGCAGAGUGAGAUCUUGAAAUCACUUGCAUGCACUGUGUUGUUGAAGAUUUUCAGAGUCAGAAUUGCUCGAGGAGUCAUCAUAUCUACGCAAGUGAUAUAUGGUUUUAGUGUCAAUAGGAUUAUUUUUUUUUGAGGUGUGUGUCAUAAGGAAAUAUGCGAACAUCAUCAAUGCAGUUAUAUAUCGUUUUGAUGCUUGGUGCCAAACACAGGUUACUACACACUGACCAUGUCAAUUAAGGGGUUGAUGGGUUGUUUAGUUAGAUUUUCCAUUUUCUCAAAGCAGUUUGUAAUGCUUUGUUCCAAGCCAAAAGUCCAUCAUCUAUGUAACUUAGCCAGGUGCUGGUGCUUUAAAAAGAUUAGCUGAUAGUGUUGUCUCCUUGCAUGCUUGCAAAGUUAUA